AGUUUGCGGGAGCAUCAAAGGCGACGUCGACGUCGCUCUUGCCUUUGGCGAACAUGGUGGAGACGACUAGGUUCGUAUUGCAGGAGCCCGGGAAGUAGGAGGAAGAAAGUAGCGAGGCGCGGUGGUAUAACUACAUAGCUUGGCCUCGGUCAAAAUUUUCUAGUGAGGAUUGUGCAAUGCCCGUGUAUAAGGCGUCAUCGGGGGUUUGGCGAGCCAUGUGGGUAGAUUUGCGCCGUUUGGGUAAAGCGUUGGCUAAUAAGAACUCGGACGUGAUCCGCCGUGGCGACGACUUUGGGAGCGUGAGGACGGGGCGCCGGGGCGGGGGUGGUCGUAUUGGACGGGCGACCAGCGACCCGAGUGCCUGGAGGCGGCGAGACUUGUGUCUCUGUGCAUGGCGGACAGGGAAGAGCGGGCAAGCGACCUCUCAUGAUAGCGGCACAGCGGGUUGCGGUGGUGUUGGGAGCUUGGCAGUAAAAAAAGCUCAGCCGAAUCUAACCGCAAACGGCGUCAGCCCUAUCGUUGGCGGCAUUCUAGAAGCUCCACCUCUUCUCACCUCUCACCACCAAGCCACCUUUUUUCGCCAUGCCGACUCGGCAUCUUGCGAAUAUACGACUUGCAUGUCGUCAUCGGCACUCGCCUAUUCCAUUCGACUGCUUGCGGCGAGCGUGGAGCAUGUCGACAUGGCGCCUCGCAAUGGCAUAGGUGCCUAGGUAGGGAGUCUUUGUCCGCGCCGCACCCACAAGGCCGCACGCAGACGAUCGCCCACCACGUGUGUAUACAAAUAGGCACAACCCCCGUAGCGAUCCGCGGGACUGCACAAGCGAUCGGCGAACGGAGCCUCGAGCCGUUAGGUCUAACCUCCA